ACUGUAUAAUCCCAUCCAGUAAUAGAGAAGAUGGAUCCCAAAUGCUCCAUCUUCUCUUUACUCUUCCUUUCUUCCUUCCUUCUCUUCUCCCAUGCAAAUGCCUUCAACAUCUCAAAGAUGCUUGACCAAUUCCCAAAUUUCAAAAACUUCAACAGUCUUCUACAUCAAGCCCAUCUUGUGAGAGAGAUUAACAGUCGCCAAACCAUCACUGUUCUUGCCGUUGAUGAUGGUGCAAUCUCAGGAAUAAUGGGUAAACCGGCUGAUGUGUUGAAGAGGAUCAUGAGCCUUCAUGUUGUUCUUGACUACUAUGAUCCUAAGAAGCUUCACAAGCUUUCAAAGAAGACAGCCCUUCUCACCACCUUAUUCCAAUCCUCAGGUCAAGCCAUUGGUAGGCUUGGAUUCUUGAAUGUUACUAUCCAGCCAGACGGCCACAUCGCUUUCGGCUCCGCCAUAAGGGGUGCAUCUAUUGAUUCUAUGUUUAUCCAAUCAGUAGCUUCUCAGCCUUACAACAUUUCAGUGUUGCAGAUCGGAGCACCUAUUGAUCCUCCCAGUAUUGAGACCUUAGUGCUUCCUAAUAAAACAGCUAUUGCACCUUCCCAUGCUCCUGCCCAUGCACCGAAGGGAGCAAAGUCGAAAGGCCCAUCUAAGGCCCCGAUUUCAUCCCCUGUAGAGGCUCCUGCACCAUCUGAUGCUUCAGCUGAUGAACCAUCUGCUGAUACUCCCACCAGUGAUUCUCCUGCUGAUGCUCCAGCUGAUUCUCCGGCUGAUGCACCAGGACCCAGUGAUGCUCCGGCGGGGUCUCCACCGGCACCAGUCGCCGACGUGCCGACUGUUGAUGCUCCGGCUCCGACCAAAUCUGGAGCUGAAGGAAGUAGUGUUGGGUCUUUUGUGGCUUUCAUUGUGGUAGGUGUCGCCUCUUGGUUUGUUAUGUGAUUUUUGAGGGUUUGAAGAUAGGAGAAUGAACACCCAACUAUGAUUCAUUUUUUUAUUUCCUUUUUCUUUUUCUUUUUUUUUUUUUUUUAAAGAAAAAGAAGAAAAUAGGAGAAUAAAGAGAUGGUUUAAAGUGAUUAGAAGGGAUGGGUGAGAGGGAUACAGAUCGAGAUUGUAUGUUGAUCUUGAAAUGUAAGCUUGGAAUUUUCCACUCUUUCUAAGCAAAUAAUAUUCAAAGUUUACAUGAAUAAAUGAGUGGAAUAUAA